AUGAGGAAGCAUGACACUUUGGCCAUCCCGGCCCCGCCGUCGAAUCUGCAAGAGGAUUUUGCAAGGAUGUUGAAGGACGAGGAAGGCGCGGAUGUAACGUUCAUCAUGGGUGACAAAUCGUUCCGUGCUCAUAGACACGUGCUGGCGGCACGAUCACCGGCCUUCAGGGCAGAGCUUUUGGACCCAACGAAGGAGGACCCUACAAAACCAGUCAAGGUUGAUGACAUGGACCCCGUCAUCUUCGAGGCGCUUCUUUAUUUCAUGUACACGGAUACGCUCCCACAUGGUUGUGAUCUUGAGAAAAACGCGACGCUGCAACAUGUGUUGGUUGUCGGAGAUCGAUAUGGUCUGGACAGGCUGGUGACGACGUGUGAAGGGAAGCUAUGCCAAAACAUAAAUGAGCAAACGGUGGCAACCGCCCUAACUUUUGCAGAGCAGUAUGACCGCGUGCUACUCAAAAACGCUUGCAUCGCAUUUGUGUCGUCGCAGGAUGUGCUCGACGCCGUGAAGGAAACCGAUGGAUUCAAGCACCUCAUGACAAGCUAUCCAGGGGUGAUGAUGGAUAUUUUGAAACAGCAUCUGCCGUCGUCAAUAGGGGUACGUGUAAUUUAUGGUAGAAUUGUCUUUAAAUAA